AUGAAUAACAAUUUAGACUUGGAUCUCAAUUUGAAUCCCCCAUCGGCUCCCUCCAAUGUAACCCCCCCGAGUCACAACCAAACCCCGAGAAGAAAACGCACUAGAAGAACCUCCAACAACGAAGCCACUUCUUCAUCCUCUUCAAGGCGUAAACCUGACCCUAAUGCUCCCUUAAUCACAGAACCAUGCAAAGUAUGUGGCAAAAAGUUCUGGUCUUCCAAGGCACUCCAUGGACACAUGAGAUCUCACCCUGAGCGUCAAUGGCGUGGCAUCAACCCUCCUCCUAACCACCAACCAACAGCACCGCCGGUUUCUGUUACAGCGGAAGAAGGUCAAGUGUUAGCUAAUGCCUCCACGACCGGUUCAAGUGUAGGAGUUGAAGGACGGUUCGAGUGUGAAGGUUGUAAGAAAGUGUUUGAGUCACGUCAAGCGUUAGAUGGACAUUUAUGUUCCGCCAUUUUAAACUUAAACAUAGAUCCACCUCCUCCUUCUACUCCUCAAGAGAUCGUUGAUGAAGAUGAUAAGAGUAAGAGUGUGAUGGUUGUGUCAGGGAUGAAUCAUCGGUGUGACAUCUGUUCGAAAGCGUUUUCUGGUGGUCAAGCUUUGGGUGGUCACAUGAGGCGUCAUUGGCAUAAGGAUCGAAAGGAGAAGAAACAAGCUUCGACUGGUAUCGAUCUCAAUGUUCCUGCGUCGACCAACUUGCCCGGUUCUUCUUCAGACACAUUGCCAGAGUCUUCUUUGGAUCUUAGGUUACGACUAUGACAUUAUAAUAUAUAUAAUGGGUAUUGGUUUCUUUCUCUUUACGAAACUCUAUUUUAUGUGUGCGCACGAUUUGUAUGAUGAAUUUAUACGA